UGCAAUGGUCCAAUAUGGCCGUCUUCUAAAUCUCUCGUAAUUUCGUACCUUCGAAAAUCAUUUGUUUGCGACGUUUUUAGCAAUUUUUUACACUGUUGCUCCUUCUAUCGACUCUUGGUGAUACAAAGGACAUUGUGACUUCACCUCGUGCACUGUUUUCACCUAGAAACUGUAGAGACGACGUCUUCCAGACUCAGUCAAUGACGUUCCAACAUGGCGCCACGCAACCCCCCUCCCCACGAACAGAGACAGGAGGAAUCCGGGAGAGUGGAACCUGUGUUUGUGCAGACCUCAGACAUCGCCAUAAACACCGAGGAUGCACCACUCAGCUGUCUUGAAAUCUGCCUAGCUGCUGAGGAUGUAUCCGGCCCCAUUUCGAUCAUAGGAGCACAACCGCAAGGAAGAGGAAAUGCCUUUUGGCGGCUAUAUCCACAAACCGUCGGUGCACGCCUGACUCUUCUUCAAGCCGGCGCAAUCACGCUACGAGGACAAGAGGCAAGCCUGCUCGAUAAAAACCCCUACGUUGUACGACCAGACACAGCAUCGACGAGAGUUGUAGUGAGUAACAUACCGUUGUCUUACGAUAACAAAGAAAUAGCUAAAACACUACGCUCACGUGGCUACAAGCUCACAAGUCGGGUCAUCGACGAAAGGGCAAGAAACAAGGACGGCAAGUUAACACGUUUCCUAACAGGGAGAAGAUUCCUGUACAUAGAGAAACCCUCUACCCCUUUACCACGAAGGAUGUCCGUAGGACUUUUCCAGGCCGAAUUCUAUCACAGGGAACAGAAAGAAGCCAGCCAAACGCAGAGACUCACAUGCAGCAACUGUCUUGAAACGGGGCAUCACAAGAGUGUAUGCGACAAACCUGUUGUAUGUGUUCAGUGCAAAAAACCUGGACAUAAGCGUGGUGAUCCUGCUUGCAACCUUGGCAUGGACUCUGAAGAUGAGCAGUCGGAUGGGAACAGCUGUGUCAGCGACGAGCAGGACAGAGAGACAUCUCCUGACAGCGAAGAACCAACAGCUCCACCAAGCAUCGUGCAACACAACACAAGAAGCAGAAGCAAGAGUCACAGCCACAAGAACAAUGAUGAACACAAAAAGCAAAAAAAGACUGAUGACACCACAAAUGACAAGCCUACAGAAAUGUGUGAGCUAUCAGACUCUACACAGCCCACACUAGAAAACUGGCUUAAGGAGCAGAGACAAUCCUAUAGUAAACAGAAGCAGGGUACAAAAGGAAGCAGUAAGUCACGAAAAAAACCUACUUGUACCUAG